CGUAUGAGGGAGCCGAAAAUGGCUUCACUUCAUCCCUUCAAAUGCGCCCGGGCUCCGGCCAGGCCUCGAGGGCAACUCGUUUACCGCGGCUCGUUUCCUCCAGACUUAUUUUUCCUUCUUUUAGUUUCUCCCCUAAUCCAUCUGCCGGAUCACCCUACUUAAGAAGGUCAUCUUCUAGCCCCAAGGUCUUUUCUUGCACCUACAAUAGACUCACUUCAGUCUUUUUUUAAGUAACUACUUUGCUAGAAUUUGGUGUCGUUCCUACUCCCCCGAAUCCUUACGACCGCUGUGCCUUUCCUCUCAGUAUCCGUUCCUCCAUUCCUUCAAGUCCACCGAUGAAGCGUACCCGUACACGACAGAAUCGAUCCCACCUGACGGGGAGUGACUGCAGCGAGAAUGAUAUUGCCGGUAGAGGCCCUGACUGGGACGAGCAGUGGGAUGCCACUUACGAGACAGAUGUGACCGAGCCAGAUGUCACCGAGCGGGAUGAUAGCCCGAGGCCACGAAAACGCCUCCGGUCGGAUGACCCUGCUUUGGAGCCAAGUCCAUCCAAUGAGGCAGACGAAUUCUACGACGACCCCCUCGAUGACACCGGAAUCGACCUUUGUGAGAUCGACGAUGAUUUUGACAAAGCAGAGGGUACCAUCGAACGACGGGAGCGGAUCGAAACCCGAUGGAAGCGAUAUUGUAAGAGCAAAAUAAAACUAGAGCCCAAUGUACGAAAAUGGCGGGAUCCCGAAGAGGCUCUACGUCAGGCGUCGAACAACGACCUGUAUCGGUUCUUGGGCUGGUCUCUCAAACUCGAGCGAGGAAAGAAUGGUCGACGUAACAAGGGCAUUCACAAGUCUAGCUCAUUGAAUACUGACUGGAAAAAUCUUCGUGGUUACUACCAAAAACUGACCAAGAGCAAAAUCGAUGAUUUAGAUGGGUCAGAAGUACGGAGAGGUAUCAAGUACUUGGUGGUAGAGCAUGGGUUAGAUACGCAACCGAAAAAGAAGACGCCAGUCUACAUUGAAGAUAUCGGCCCGUUGAAUGAAACGAUUCUCUCGACUCAGCUAAAGAAGUUCUAUCUUGGAUUCCAGCGUGUCCAAGUAUGCCUGUUCAAUUCACUGGCUCUGUUCACUGUACACCGCAGAAGUGCCCUAUUGAGUCUCCAGUUCAAGGAUCUACAAAUCUCGCUGCAGAAGGAUCCUCGCGGCGGACCUCCUAUUCCUUUGGUUGAACUGACGCCCGAUGGAUGUAAGAAGUUUCUCGGGCUGACUAAAUUGACUACAUUUGCACUCCCUGAAGUGGUCUAUGGACCAUCUUUGGUGAUAUGUCCCCAUACGUUACUAUUCGGAGUCUUAUUUCACGCCAAAGCAUUCCGGAAUAACUUGACAUCAAAGGCCCAGUUGCGGAAGCUCUUUGUUAGCAAAGGUUGCCAACAGCUCCUGGUGCCCUUGGACCGGGAGAAGGCGGAUUGGUAUAUCUUUUGCAAAACAGACUUAGUCAAAGGAGUUCCAACCAUUCUGCGGACCCAACCCAUGUCCAAGUCCUCCAUGUCCAGCCUCCUGGUCACGUUUGGGGAAAUUCGCGGAUGGCCCGGGACAUUCCAUGCCCAUAAGUUCCGGUACGGGGGUAGCAAAGUGCUCAACGAGAGUGGAUGGGUCAGCAAGGAGCAACAUAUGUUGAUCAUGAAGCACGCUAGCCCUCGGACUUUUCUCGACCAUUACCAUCCUUUGCAGAUCGACACAGAUAUGAUUCGGGUUAUCUGUGGCCUUGACCCGGAUGUGGAAUUAAUGCGGGCUGUCACGCGCCAGAACCGUUGGCAAGACCCGCGACGCCCAAGAUAUCUAACUGAGCAACAGAAGGCACAGGUGGAGGACCAUCCUGAGUUGGAAGAAGCCCGCCAGAAGCUGAGGGAGCUUGGUGCCCAGUAUGAUAAGACCCAGCAACCGGGUCUGCUCAUUCGGAUGGAGAGGCAGAAGAAAGAGGUGACGAAUACGCGAAAACGAUUGCUGAGGGCUUUGCGGCAUCAGAUCCGAGAGAACUUUGAUGAAGAGCAGGCUUUCCUGGAUAUUGAGGCGCAGCUCUCUGGCACUGCAGUCAAGGAAGAGGAAGAGGAAGAACUUUUCGAGGAUGCUAUGCCUCCAACCCAGCUACACCUUUUGCGAUGUCUUUUGUCCUAUCCGAUAUCCAACUCGCUGGAAGACGAAUGGAAUCGGCGCGAUGCAGCUGCGGAUGCGGUAAUGCAAUAUUGUGAUGUCCUUGAAGGAGGCCCUCUGAGAGGCCGGCCAAGGCGAGAAACUACGACCGCUGCAUUGCAUGAACCCAUAGCUCCACCCCAGGAUGUAUCAGAAGUUCAAGACGGCGUCAGUACAUGCGAAGUGGCACCCCCUACUGUACGGGGCAAGCCGUCGCGUGCUACCAAAGAAUAUUUAGAGAAUUCGGAGCUGCCAGAGGCCUGCUUUCAAUGCUUCGCGAAUGAGAAGCUACCUGAAAAGGUUCGCUGCCGAAUGUUUCAUGAUGCUGGUUGUGUCACGCGCCACUUUGAUGCCGUUCAUCUGAAGGAGGAGCCGCUCAAGUGCAACUGGUGCGAAGUGACCUUGUUGCAUAGAAUGGCAUUCCAGCGCCACGCGAUUGAUGAGCAUCGGGUACGCAGUCGUUGGCGCUGCCCGGACCCGGUGUUUUGAGCGAAAGAAUAAUGAGCCAACACACACCAUACGCGGCUCUUCUUUAAUAGAUUCUAGACGAUGCAAUUACCUAGACUAUUUUCCUGUUCUAGUUUACUGGUCGACGACUAUCUACACUGCAUUAUCGACCGCCCGCCGUAGAAGAAAUGCACCGCCUAGGAACUCUACGGGUGUAUGAUCUGUGAAUGGUCUUUUGUUUCUCUUGAUGCGCUCUAUGACCGUUGCAGACAGACUUUCACGGCAUGACUACUGUGGAAGAUUCGGCCGAGUGUUUAUCUCGGGUUUAUUUAAUUCGAAAUAUCACUCUUGCCACAAUUGGUGUACAAUGGUGAAGCUAUGGUUGGGUCUUUGCGAGCAUCUUUGAUUCGAAAGGACUCUGUGUAGGGGGAUAGACACUGUCUCCAUUCAUGGGGGUUCUUAUAGUCAAAAUAUCAUAUUUAAUGCAAUGAAGACACAUAAGAAGAGCUCCCCAAAAUCCCG